GAACUUUUUUUCUCUUUUCGGCCACCGUAGUUAGUUAGAUCCGUGAAGGAAGCUCUGGGCAAGAUGGCGCUCCGCACAGUUUGUUCCACUGUAGUAAGAAACGGGCCUGAUUUAGGGGUCAUUAAUGCCAGAGCGCUUGCAACUACAGCAUUCCUAUGUAAACGUCGUGUUCCAGGCGGUCCUUUGCCAAACAGUGAAAUCAAUGUCAAGGACUUGGAAUCAUUAGAGAAGUACCGCAGCUACACUCGGUACCUAAGACAUGCUGAUGAGGUCAAAAACAAACCUGUGUGGUGGAAGUCUUACAAAGGCUAUGUGGAUAAUGCCAAUCCUGAAUUGGGUGAAGAGAAAGUGAACAUCGGCCUCCCAGUCAUGCAGUCCAGCAGGGGGAUAGCAGUAAAGGAGCGUAAACAGGUGAUUAAGAACAACAAAAGAAACCCAGAGAUGGAAAGAGCUGCACGUUUACGAACAUUUAAGAUCUCUCUGGACCGAGUGCAGGAGACGUGGGAGAAGACGUGUGGUCCAUAUCAUAUAAAGAGACUGGCAGAACACUACGGUGUCUUCAGAGAUCUUUUCCCCAGGGCCUUCUUUGCACCUCAAGUGCCACUGCGUGUCUCCUAUAACCAGGACAGCAGUGUUCAAGUGCAUUAUGGGAACAAAAUGACACCAACUGAGGCAGCAUCUGCUCCUCAGAUAAGUUUUGACGCAGAAGAAGGUUCUCUGUGGACCCUGCUGCUCACAUGUCCAGAUGAGCAUCUUCUGGAUAAUGAAUCAGAAUAUGUCCACUGGCUGGUAGGGAACAUCCCAGGUGGAGCAGUACAGUCUGGAGAGGAGCUGUGUCCCUACCUACAACCGUUCCCUGCUAAAGGAACAGGAUUCCAUCGCUACAUUUAUGUCCUCUUCAAGCAGGAGCUUCGUAUUAACUUCCAGGAUGAAGUCAGGUCUUCACCCUGCCACUCUCUGGUCGAUCGAACAUUCAAGACCAAGGACUUCUACAGGAAGUAUCAGGAUCACAUAACACCUGCAGGCCUGGCCUUCUUCCAGUGUCAGUGGGACGAAUCUGUCACUGAUACCUUUCACCACACACUCAAUAUGAAGGAACCCGUGUUCGAGUUUAUCCGACCUCCAGUCUACCAUCCUCCGCAGGUCAAAUUCCCUCACAAGCAGCCGCUCAGAUACCUGGACAGAUACAGAGAUGGGAAGGAGCGCACUUAUGGAAUAUAUUAAAUCACACACACACACUCACAGAUCAUUCAUUUUCCAAUUGUGGAAUUAUGUUGGUCAUAUUUAUGUCAUAACAACAAUAAAGUUUGUUUCUCAUGUGACA